UGGCUAUCUUCAUCCCAAUUGCCAGUUUGUUUAUGUAUUGAAAGACAACAGAUUGGUGCAGCCGGCUUCUGCGGGCUCCGUAAUUGAAGCUCGCGUGUUUUUCAGUAAGACGGUCGGCUUGAAUGAAGCAACAAAACUGCUUUGAUCCCAACGUGCUUGUUGUUAUCUAGAUAGGCGUGUGAACGAACGGGCGGUCGAUUUGUCUGGUGCAAGUGCAGUGUUGACGUUUCGUGUUAUCAUAGACUGAUUAUAAGCAGUGACAAUAAACUACUGAGGAUUCUCAUUCAGGAAUAGUGACAAUGCUGAUUACAACCAAGACAUAUCCUUCUAAGGCAAACAAUCUGAAAACUGUGAUAUAAAAUGACCGCAAUCUUCAAAACUAAGCUUUAAAUGAAAUGUCAAUCACUUCGAAAUACAUGAACGAGAUUGUUGUGAUAGUCGAGUUGUGAAUAUUGUACUCGGGAGUGGCGAUGGAGUGAGGAGGCGGCGAUGACGGCCAGGGAAGUAGAACUUAGUGGUGGCGCGCCGUGGGGUUUCCGCAUGCAUGGAGGUGCCGAUCACAAUCAACCUCUCAGAAUAUCAAGGCGCUACAGCGAUUCUAUUCAGCAAUUCCAUAAUGUGAAUCCGGGGCGGAAGGCGUCGCUGAGCGGUAUACGCGAGGGCGACGUGAUAUCAUCCAUUAAUGGUAGAUCUACACGCGGCAUGAACAAUGCUGAUGCCCACGCCAUGCUCAGAUCAGCUGGUCCGGUACUUCGACUUGGCCUCAACGAAGACAGGGAAAUGUCACCGAGAAGAAGAUCAAUUGGCAAGAGUACGGAGUUGAGAAGACCGUCUCAGUUGAUUACAGAGUUUCAAAGUGGCAGAGCAACUCCACAAGCUCCUGUAUAUGCAACAAUAAGACCACCUAUUAUAUCGCAAAACCGACCGAUAUCGUCAACAAUGGGAUCUUCUCUUAAUUCUAUACCAACGGCUCUUAGUUCCACAACACUAGUAAAAUCUGUUACGACUAAUGACGAACCACUCAAAUUCCAUCCAACUAAUCCUUUUUAUACUACAUUACCUUCAAAUUAUACCAGUGCUUCCAAACUGCCAUUACCAAAUAACAGAGCUUAUUUCUCUGGUGUAGAUAGAAAUAAAACCGAUGAAAAUAUAUCUUCAUAUAACGAUAUCAGCACAGAUUUUAAAUCAUCGACGCUUUUUAAUAGUAAAAACGAAUCAGGUCCUAGUAGUUUUCCUCAUGAAAAUAUUAAUGACUUGAAAUUUACGAAUGGUUAUGACGACUCAAAUAACAAACAAUUUUUGAAUAAUGAUAAAAACGGCUAUCUUAAUAAUAGUGCAACAUAUCAAUAUCACGAUGAAAGUCUUCCAAAUAUCACUAAAGGAGAAGGGUCUAAUCCUUUUGAAUCAAAAAGAAAUAGUGAUCCAUUUGAAAAAUAUUUGCGGAAAGAAAAUAAAAAAUACGAAUAUAAAUCAACGUUGCCUAAUUCUCAGAGUGAGACAAAUUUUCAAAAGAAAGAGGAAAUCAGAAAGCAUACCGUUACCGAACAUAAAAUAAGUGAAACCGAGGAAGUGAAAACCAUUAAAAAAAUAAUAUUUAAUGGUUCUAAUGACCAUUGUCAAGAUAAUACUGAUAGCAAAUAUGGUUUUUCCGAAAACAAAGACAUAAAUGAAUCUAAGCUGCAACAUAUUUUAAAUAAAGAAAAAGUGAACAUAUCAAAUGAACGACCUUUUCCUACUACAUCACGCCAAGAAAAUAAUUAUUAUAACAACUUCGAGAAGUGCAAGCAGGAUGAUAGUAAUUGUACAUAUUCUUCGACAUUUGAAGAUUUUUACAGCAAUUCUCAAUCAGUGUCUGAUUCGUCUGCUACGGAAACUGAUGAUAGUGAGGAUUCAGGCCGCGAAAAGACAGUCAGCGACGGACAACGAACGAAAAAAUAUAGCGAUCCGAAACGAAGAACAAUAACCAAAGUCAGCAAGAAGAUAUUAAAGGCUAUUGAAAAGUUAACAUGUAAUAUAAAAAGAUACAAGAAAAAUAAGAAGGUUUUUGAACCUACACCACUGAAAAAGGGUUAG